AUGGACCUUGAGCCAGCAGGACAGCUGAAUGAGGAAGAUGAAUUUGAGGCAGAUCUCGCGGCAGAGCGGGCCGAGCACCUGCUUGCGCAAGCCGGUAUUGUGGAGGCCCCGAAGCAUUCCUUCACGGGCUUUUAUGAAGACGAACUCGUCAAGCAUGCGGAGAGCUUUUUGGCUGACAUGAUGCCUUCAGAGAACGGACAGCCUCAGCAGCCUCUGCCUUCAGAGCAGAGCAUGCCCAGCAAACCGUCGAAGAUCGCGGAAAUUCUACGAGCAGCAGAGGCCGAGGAAGCUGCGCAAGCAGAACAGGCCAAGCAAGUCAAAGAAGAAGAACCAAUAGCAGCUGUUACAAACCUUUCCUCCGAUGGUCCAUUGCCAUCGUCGCCACCACCAGCUUGGGAAAGUCUUUUCGAUGAGCUUACCGAACCUAAAAUGCAAAAGUCCCAGGACAAGCACGCAGAACCGGAGCACACCGACAGCCACGCAAAGCCGCAAGCAGGGCAGCCAGAGCAAAAGCGGACAGCUCGUGGGAAGGUUAGGAAGCCUCUGCCGAAAAUUCAAAUUAAACCUCCGGAUGAGUUGGAAUUGGAGGAGCUUCAGCGUAUGCCCCCGGAGCAGCGCAAACGCCGACGGAUUGAAAUGCUGACCCAGGCAGAGGAGGAGGCCCGAGCCAAGCGCGAGGUAAUGGAAAAGCUUGCUGCGCUCCCUUCAAGUGGGGCAAGUGCUGCAGAUACGGCAUUCGAGGCCCCUUUUGGCGGCCCGGAUGUCAACUGGGACGACGAGAGCGAGAGUGGGGAUGGCGAGAGCCCAGAUAUCCCCACUGAAGCGAAGGAUUUGUGGCAGCCGAAGCGUACUGCGGAGCCGAAGCCUACAGCUUCGCCCGAGCAGCAGCGGCUCCUCUCCUG